AUGGAUCUUCUAACAUCACAGCUUUUGAAACAAAAACCUCCUAAAUCACUUAUUCCCUUAAGAGCGAGCGUAUAAAAUUUUUUGUAUAAAAUGUUUAUUAAUAAUUAAUAAUUGCUAUAACGAGAUCUACCAUUUAUUUACUUAUAUUUUAGACAACUUGCAUUCAUCUAUAAAUUAAAAUAGAUUUUUCGUUCUGAAAAAAAAUUUACAUUUAACUUUAAUAUAAAAUGCUUAAACAAAAAAAUCAAGCACCAAUGAAAAAAGAACCAAAAUCUGGCUCGUUUUAAGGGAGGUUCAGAAGAAAAUGCUUUUACUAUAGAAUACUGCUCGGGAACUCCAAUAGGACAAUCUUGGUUUUUCAGACUGGAUUGGGGCUUUUUGUGUUUUUGCAUCCAAUAAUUUCUUUUGCAAUCGUGACUGUAAUUUUUAUGCAGAUUUCUGAAGGCUAUGAUAAAUAUGAGCUAGCACUACUUCCUUUAAUAUGUGUUGGGGCUGAAGUGGUGACUUUUAGCAGCGUAAUGUUUGUAAUUGUCAUUUGUGAUGUAAUUAAACAAAAGCAAGGAUUUUCUGUAUGACACAGAUCUGCAGUCGGAAGGCUAAUUCAGAAUGCUGUUAUCGGAAUGUUGUGACUUUCAUCCAUGAUUUUGUCAAUCAUCUACAUAGAAACGACUGAAGAUCAAUUUUUUUUGCAUUCUUUUAUGAUUAUCACUAUGCCAAUCACGAUUUUAUUGAUCAUGGCAAUUGUAAAAUUUAUUUUUAUACACAUUGAAAGAUUAGCGUUUUGGCUGUCAGCGUCAUUGCUGUGGCUGAUACAAAUAGUCAUCUUGAUAGUGAAGGAAGACUAUAAGGUUUACAUCCCGUGAUAUAUAUCGCUGAUGCCAAUUAUUUUAAAUUUUUUAUUGCUCGGAUUUUGUAGUUUGAUAUUAUUUAACAGUAGGAAGAAGGCAAGAGACGUCUGAGGCGAAAUCGCAACGCUGCUGUCAUGCGCUGGAAGUGUAAGUGCAGGGCUCUGCAUCUUUGCACUUUCAUGCUACUUGGACGGGAUAAUUGAGGAGUGGAAAUUUUUUGUGUUUGAUGGAUGGGUUGCUUUAUUGAUGUUGUGCUGCGCUUAUUGCAGGAAAAUAGGCUCCUGGGUUAUGGAUAUUGCUUUUGGGCAUGUUGAAGUAGAUUAUAUACAUUUUGAAAAGCCGGUAAAAAUGCAAAGUCUAGUUAGGUGUAGAAGUGUUUAG